CGCAACAGGGCGUUACCAGCGCAGGGCCUUUUCGUCGCACCCCGUGCCACUGUCGUUUCGUUGUCGCGAUCGCCAGAAGGAGAGCCCGCGGGCCUACGCGGCGGCGAGUUGGGGGUUCUGCGCCGAACGAAAAACAUCUCUUCGCGCCGAGCACCUCCGCACGCGACGACGAUUGUCAGUGUCGCGCAUAGCGCCAUCUUCGCGAUCCGCGCGCAGUUUGCGAAACCGACUGGUGGUCUUCGCCGCGCUCCGUCGUCCGCACAAGUGCGUCGCUAGCCGCCGCAGGUCCCGACAGCUGCCGGAGCUUGCGAUUGAGCAGGAUCGCUGGUCCGGACGCCUCGCAUUCUUCACUGCCGCAGGGGCUGAACCUUCUUUCCUAUUCUUUCCAUCAUCGCUGGAGAACCGUCCUCUCUCCCUUCGCUCCAUUCAUCGGCAUUUUUUUUUCUUUGGUUUACUUUCUGUGGUCUAAGACUUCCGUUAACACUUUUGUUGCUAUUUAGGUGAUUCAAUUUCUUUCCCUUGCUGCGCUUGUAUUUGUUUUAAUGUCUCGUUGCCUCUCGGCCGGUCGUGUUUAGUUUCUUUUUUUCUUCCUUCAUGGCCCAAACCGUCAAUCAAUUUGCAUAGUUGUUUCUUCUAUCUGCAAGGCCAGCUCAGACGCUCGUUUUCAUAUUUUUUUCUUACGUAUUGGGAUGCCAUAAUUAUUUCCUUUAGUUCUCUUCGGCGUAUAUUUAACGUUCUAAAGUUUGUACGUCCUGCCCUGUCGGCGUCUGUGCUUCGGUUGUCGUACUCGCCAUCACCAGUCCACAGAGCUACAAAGGAAGCUCCUGGACCGAAAGGCAAGAAGGAAAAAAAGAAAAGCAAGCAUACCACAGACCUAACGGAGAGAGUGCGAAGGACUCCUCAGGAGAGCGCAUCCAGAAGGAGAGAGUCUGGAGAGGAGAAAGAAAAGGGAUAGGAGGACGAAGAUCAAAGAACCAGGAGUCGAGAAAUUCAAAGCGGGUGGGAGGAUCUGCCAGGAGCAGACUUUUCAAUAACCACGCGUGCCGGGACCAGAGCCGCGGCUCGACCGCGCUUCGGCUUGAGCGGCGACGCGCUCGCGCGCGCUCGGCACUGCCUCUGGCGGUUCUGCAGUUUGGCCGUUUCUGCUUUAGCGCGACGUCACUUGGGCUCCCCCUUAGCGUCGACUGCACCCCCCUUAUUAUUUCCUCCAGGCAGAAGUGUGCGCUAGCGGAAGAGUCGCCGUGCGCUGAGUAGGAAGAAAGUCGUCGUCCCUGUUCGGGACGUGUCCCGGGCGAGGGAGAAGGCAGGCGCGAGGGAAAGGGGAACAUCCUCAGGCGCCCGCCGCACGCGCGCUCACGCACGCACGCAGGGAGCGGCGGCCCUUUUUUCGGGAGCCGAAAGCCUUGCCAGCAGCCUCCGCCUGCCCAGCAGCGCGCCGCCGGGGCGCGCGCGCGCGCGUCCAGAAAUUGGACUUGUCGCUUGCAGCAGCAGCGGAUGCUGCUUCUUUCUAUGCGCCCGGCUUCUUCCCUCGCCGCGGUGCGGUCUCUUCAGCGCCGGCUGACGCCGCGGCCGCUGCUGCCUCUGACGUUGGCCGUAUAAAAAGGGAUCGCGGACACCGCGCGGCCAUGUCGGCAUCGACGUCCCAGGCGCCGCCGUCCCAGCAGCAGCUACAGCUCGCGCCGGCGCCCCCGCACUACCGGCACCCCCACCACCGGGCCGCCGGCCAUCAGCACUUCCCCGAAGACUUCGGUGCCGCGGCGGCGGAGUUCCCGGCCUACGAGGAGCUGGCCGGAUUCCCGUGCGUCGCCUCGUCGGGCGGCGGAGCAGCGUCCACGUCUUCGGCGCCGGCCGGCGCGGGCGGAGGCUCGACGCCGCACCCGAUGCGCCUCGAAGACGCGGCGGGAGGCAGGGACUCGCCCGGAUCGCCGUCCUCGGCCGAGCUCCAGAGGCCCGCGUGCGAGUUCGCCGCCAGAGCCGGAGCGGGACCGCUACCACCGCAGGCGCUACCCUACCCGACCUGCCUCGCUGGUGGCGGCGCCGGACCUGCCUCGGCCGACGGCUUCUGUUACGAGUACGGCGCUAGCGGCGGGGGCGGUCCCAUCGGCGGCGGCGGAGGCCCGCUGCCGUGCUCGGCGGGCGGCGUGCCGGGCUUCACGGGUCCGUACAAAGUGCAGCGCCGGGCGGCCAACAUCCGGGAGCGGAAGCGCAUGAUGAGCAUCAACACGGCGUUCGAGGAGCUGCGCUGCCACGUGCCCACGUUCCCGUUCGAGAAGCGCCUGUCCAAGAUCGACACGCUGCGGCUGGCCAUCGCGUACAUCGCGCUCCUGCGCGAGGUGCUCGUCUCCCAGUACGACCCGUUGACGCACAUCGAGAAGUGCCUCCGGGGAGAGCUCAAGGGCGAGCACGCCGCCGAGUGGAACACCUCAGAUCUGACAGCGCGCCUGUCCUGGAUCAACUGGGAGAACCUGGGCGUCAACCCGAACCGGAGGAGCGUUCUCACCACGCUCACCCUGACCGCAGACACCAUCGGCUGCCACAACGGAACCCAGUGAUGAUCGUGCCAUCUUGCGGUUUAGCCGCCGUGUGUCCGCGCCUCGCUGACUGCUGCCCUUCCCGCCGCAGCCUGGGACGACAACGCCUCUCUUGGACCGCCGUACACCGACAGCCCUCGGCGCCCGUCUCGUGUUCUCCGCGACAGUGGACCGGCACUCUGUGUACUCUCGGCGAUCCGAGGACACGAAUAGUGGCAGCCACCAGCUCGGGACUGUGUCCUGCUGUGGGUGACCAUUGAGUGUGCACACUGUAUGUGGGCGUUUUCUUUCGUGCUCGAUAGCGAGGUAAGCAUCCCUCCCUCGAAGCGUCGACGCCCGUCGCUUUCGGGGGUCUGUAGCGGUGGCCGGCGGGAUAAAGCUGUGAGACGUUUGUAGUGCACAUUACCGAAUAGAAGCCGUUCAAGAAGAGCGAAAGGUGUAGGCGCGGAGUUUGGGCUCGGUUUAGGCCAAGCCAGAGCUUUGUCGCAGGACUGCAUAGGUCAGAAUCACCCGUUUGCUGCCAGUCGUAAAAAGAGAUGAUGCCAGUAACCGGAAACGACCAGUCAUUCCAACCUUAAGUGACGAGAUGCGGAGGACAGGUUCGGUUAGAACGAUUAGCCUACCCAACAGUCGAUGCAGAACUUUUGUUAGGAAGGAUGUUGAAAUGAGUUCCGAUGGAGAACUAGUGUCAUUCCUUUCCAGUUAAACAGAUUAUAUGUUUUUCUUUAUUUUCUUAAGAGGAAAGAAGGCUGAAUUGUGAUGUUGGAUACGUUAUCGAUAUCUUUCAAAACGCGGUCGGUUCAAAUUGAGUCACUGACAUGCAAAGUUCUUGCGAGGCGCUUAAACGUUGUUGUUUUGUUCUUCACGCGAUGUGAAUUAAAUGUGCGUGCUUCCUCCACUUCUUAUUCUAGUCAGGCAUAUGUUCUCGAUUUAGUCUGCAGCAGGAAUGAGCAGAGUUCUAGUCAUUCACCCUUUCCUAUAUUUUGUCCGAUAACGUUAAUAUACAGUCAAGCCGGCUCUAUUGUGUUGCAAAUUGUAUGUGACCAUUUUCUUCCUGCAUCGAAAA